AUGAGUAGCAGCCGCAUGGAUGCAGGGCUUCCAGCCCAGCCGAACCUGCGCGUCACAAUCAUCGCCGCCGAUGGCUUAUACAAGCGAGAUGUCUUCAGAUUUCCCGACCCGUUUGCGGUCGCCACCAUCAACGGCGAGCAGACGAAGACGACGCAGGUUUCUAAGCGAACAUUGAACCCGUAUUGGAAUGAGAGUUUCGACUUUAAAGUCAAUGAGGACGGUAUCCUUGCUGUACAAGUCUUUGACCAGAAGAAAUUCAAGAAAAAGGAUCCUGGUUUUCUUGACCAGAUGCUCACGCGAGACCUAAAAAAGUCGACUGAUAACCUUGUGGUACACGGAAAACUCAUCAUCAACCUCUCCACCAACCUGGCAGCACCUACUCGCGUGCCGCAAGCGUUGACGGCAUCAUCCAGCCGACCCUCCCUUCUUAGCCCGCAGACUUCGACUAUCUCUAACGGCGACCGUGCCUCUGAACGACCUUCAUCGGCCAUGUCGGGUCCGAACGGCACACCGGCACUGGGCGGCACGCAACUGUCGAUCCCCCAUCGCCCAUCGAGCUUAGUAUCGACGCAAUCAACUACAGCGCCGCCUCCGCCUCCCAUGAACGGUUCGGCACACCCCCGACAGGCGAGCAGCACGCUCAGCCCCUUCGAGGAUUCACAGGGCCGGCUCCCGGCUGGGUGGGAGCGUCGGGAGGACAACCUCGGGAGGACUUACUACGUCGACCACAACACGAGAACGACCAGCUGGACCCGGCCGACGGGCUCGUCAGGGGCGGCCGAGGCGCGCGUCGCCGAAGCCAACACGCAGGUCGAGCGGCAGAGACACCAGAACCGUACGCUACCCGAAGAUCGCACGGGAUCGAACUCGCCCACGCUGCAAGCACAGCAGCAGGCAACCCAAGCCGCCAAUGCCACCACCAUGAUGCACACGGGGACCACGACUGCGGGGACAGGCGAGCUUCCCCCGGGCUGGGAGCAGAGGUGGACCCCUGAAGGUAGGUCAUACUUUGUUGACCACAACACUAGGACCACGACCUGGGUGGAUCCGCGACGCCAGCAGUACAUCCGGAUGUACGGUGGGCAAAGCACGACGAAUGGUAGUAUCCAGCAGCAGCCGGUCUCGCAGCUUGGCCCCUUACCUAGCGGGUGGGAAAUGCGGUUGACGAACACGGCACGCGUUUACUUUGUCGAUCACAACACCAAGACGACGACCUGGGACGACCCCCGACUCCCGUCCUCGCUCGACCAGAAUGUGCCGCAGUACAAGCGUGACUUCCGCAGGAAGCUGAUCUACUUCCGGUCGCAGCCGGCCAUGCGCAUCCUGUCAGGGCAGUGCCAUAUCAAGGUCAGACGGUCCCAUAUCUUUGAGGAUUCGUUUGCCGAGAUCUCGCGGCAGUCGGCGACCGAUCUCAAGAAGCGGCUGAUGAUCAAGUUUGACGGCGAGGACGGCCUGGACUACGGUGGUCUCUCUAGAGAGUUCUUCUUCUUGUUGUCGCACGAGAUGUUCAACCCCUUCUACUGCCUCUUUGAGUACUCGGCGCACGACAACUACACGCUCCAGAUCAACCCCCACUCGGGGAUCAACCCGGAGCAUCUCAACUACUUCAAGUUCAUUGGGCGGGUGGUCGGCCUGGCCAUCUUCCACCGGCGUUUCCUCGACGCCUUCUUCAUCGGGGCGCUGUACAAGAUGUGGAUGCUGGACAACGACAUCUCGGGCGGCAUUCUCGAGCAGACCUUCUCAACCGAAGACGAGCGGUUCGGCGUCAUCACGGUCGAGGAUCUGAUUCCCAACGGGCGUAACAUCGACGUGACCAACGACAACAAGAAGGAGUACGUCGACCUAAUGGUGAAGUGGCGAAUCCAGAAGCGCAUUGCCGAGCAGUUCGAGGCAUUCAAGGAGGGCUUCCAGGACUUGAUCCCGCAAGAUCUCAUCAACGUGUUCGACGAGCGCGAGCUCGAGCUGCUGAUCGGUGGUAUCGCCGAGAUCGAUGUUGACGACUGGAAGAAGCACACCGACUACCGCGGCUACACCGAGUCGGACGAGGUCAUCCAGUUCUUCUGGCAAACAGUGCGGUCGUGGGAUGGCGAGCAGAAGUCGCGGUUGUUGCAGUUCACGACGGGCACGUCCCGUAUCCCCGUCAACGGGUUCAAGGAUCUGCAGGGUAGUGACGGGCCGAGGCGAUUCACCAUCGAGAAGGCGGGUGAGCUCGGCAAUCUGCCCAAGGCACACACUUGCUUCAACCGCCUGGAUCUUCCUCCAUAUAAGACCUUGGAGAUGCUACAAGGCAAGUUGACGAUGGCGGUAGAAGAGACGAUGGGUUUCGGGCAGGAGUAA